AUGUUGCAAGUAAUAGUUGACAGAAUUUUACUUGAAUUAAGCUUUUUAUUUAAAAUGAAGUAUAUGUUAGUGCAGAAUAAUCGGGAAGACAAAAUACAAUUGAAAAAUAAAGAAAUCUAUUAUCUAUUUAGUGAGGGUCUAUAUGUUGUAAAAUAUCAUAUAAAUAAAAUUUGGGAGCAGGUUAUUUUAGCAAGCGAUAUAGUAACAAACUUAUCUGAAGAGGAUAUUAUUACGGCGCUGUAUGUACAUUUAUCUUUAAUAGAUGGCAGUAUGACACGGGAAGAAGCAUACGAUAAACUAGUUUAUUUAUUUAAUAAAAUUUUGGAAAUAUUUAACAACUGGUUAAGAUUAUUUAGAUCUAGAAAUAACGAAAAUAGGUUGACGAGCGUGUCACCUGUAGAUGAUAAAAAGUUGUUAUUGAAUUCGAUCUCUAAAAAUUCGAUGCUUAUUGAAAAUAUGAAAAAACAACUAAAAUUGGCUUAUUAA